UUUCCCUUUCUUGCGUUGUAGAAUCUUUUCGCCUCAUAUAUUCUCAGUUCCCGCUCGCGUUCUGCAUCUCUCUGGCGAUCAAACGCUCACUCACUCACCCCGAUCUUCUGAAGAUUUUCUCCAAGAAAAUGACGGAGAUAUCCUCUCUCAUGCUACCUGCCGUCGUUCUUUCCGUCUUCCUCCUCACCAUCUUCUCCAAUGGACAAGAAUCUCCGCAGUUAGGGCAACCCGAUUACAUGCGGUUCACAUUCGACGCGUCCAUGUUCCCCUUCGAGGCAUACUACGACUACAUCGUGGUGGGCGGCGGCACCGCCGGCUGCCCCCUUGCUGCCACACUCUCGGAGUCUCGCCAAGUCCUACUACUCGAGCGUGGCGGCGCACCGCAGGAAUUCCCUUCCCUUGCUAGCCAAGAAGGCUUCCUUCGCGCCCUCGUGGACACCGACGCGCCGGACUCCCCUGCCCAAUCCUUCGUCUCUGAAGACGGCGUUACGAAUUCCCGCGGCCGCGUCCUCGGCGGCAGCAGCGCAAUUAACGCCGGUUUCUACAGCCGCGCCCACCCCGCAUUCUUCGAUUCAUCCACCGUCUCCUGGGACAUGGCCCUCGUCAACGACUCCUACGACUGGGUUGAACGCGGCGUCGCAUUUCGCCCCCAUAUCCGAAGCUGGCAAUCCGCCGUCCGCGACGGCCUACUCGACGCCAACAUCACCCCUUACAACGGCUUCUCCGUCCACCACCUCCCCGGCACCAAGAUCGGCGCUUCUACCUUCGACUCUUUCGGCCGCCGUCACUCCGCCGCCGACCUUCUCAACUUCGCUUCUCCAGACAACAUCCGCGUCGCCCUCCGCGCUUCCGUCGACCGCAUCCUCUUUAAUUCCCCAUACGGGUUGUCAUCACAGCGGCGGAGCCAGGCUACGUCGGCGAUCGGCGUCGUCUACCGGGACAGGUACGGCCGACACCACUAUGCGAAGACGAGACCUGGAGGGGAGGUUAUAUUAUCCGCAGGGGCACUGGGAUCCCCACAGCUUUUGCUUCUCAGCGGGAUUGGGCCGCGCCCGUACCUCUCCUCAUGGGGAAUCCCCGUCGUCGCUCACCAUCCCAACGUCGGGCAGUUCCUAUACGACAACCCGAGGAACGGCAUCUCCAUCGUCCCCCCUGUUCCUCUCGAUCAUUCCCUCAUACAGGUGGUGGGCAUCCCUUCCGAUGGCUCCUCCUUCAUCGAGGCGGCCUCCAAUGUCGUCCCCUUCCGCUCCCCGACCCACUCAGUCUUCCUCCACAACCCUUCAUCUCCUAUCUACCUCACCGUCGCCACCCUCUUCGAGAAGAUCCCCGGUCCUUCCUCCGUCGGCUUCCUCCGCCUCGACACCCUCGACGUCCGCGACACCCCCGUCGUACGAUUCAACUACUUCUCGAGCCCGGACGACCUUGCUCGCUGCGUGGUUGGGCUCCGGCGGAUCGGUCAGGUUCUUGACGGCCGCGCCAUGGACGAGUUUCGCAUCCCCGAGUGGUGGAUCGGCGGUGCCGGGAGGGAGUUCCGCUACGUCGGUGCUUCCCUUCCGCGCAAUCGUUCCGACGACGCCGCUAUGGAGGACUUCUGCCGCCGCACCGUGUCGACCAUAUGGCACUACCAUGGCGGCUGCGUGGUCGGAAAAGUGGUGAACGGAGAUCACAGGGUAAUGGGGAUCGGUUCUCUCCGGGUUGUCGACGGCUCCACCUUCUCUGCCUCGCCCGGAACCAACCCCCAGGCUACUCUCAUGAUGAUGGGAAGGUAUAUGGGGAGGAAGAUAAUCGAAGAGAGGAGGAGGAUCAAGAGAGGUAGGAGAUCGCCGAGCACUUCUCAUGCUUGGGAGGAAACGAUGAGAAAGAAAAAUGGGUGAAAGUGGAAAGAUAAGCAGCU